UUACCUCUGAUGUUGUUGGGGGGGGGGGAGGCUAGAACAUUUCACUUCAGUAGGUGGUGUGACAAGACUACGAGCCAAAAAUUCACGCUGCUUUGGAAUACAGUCUAACCCUAAGGGACUGGGUGUCUCGGCAGUUACAUGCUUUAGAUUACACAUCUCAGAGAGACGUACACAAACUCAAACCUAAGAGCACUGACCAGAAACAAGCCAGUCACAUUUGGAAAUAGCUUUGCAGACUUCCACAAAUCUCUGGUUUUGGAGUGGGGAAAAAACAGCUUUUGCUAACUGAAUUGGACACAUUAUUGGAUCUGUGCAGAAUAAGGUAUCUUGAAUGGAUAGGAAGAGCUGGCAGAUUUACUGUUCCUGGAAGAGGCCUUUCUAAGGAUUUUAAAUGCAAUGAUGGCGGGAGAUAAUGAUCUCAUUGGCAUUCCGUUUCCUAACCACAGCAGUGAAGUUCUUUCUGGGCUAAAUGAACAGAGACACCAUGGUCUUCUCUGCGAUGUUAUCCUUAUAAUACAAGAGCAGGAAUAUAGGACUCACAAGUCUGUUCUAGCUGCCUGCAGUAAAUAUUUCAAAAAGCUGUUUACCGCUGGUUCAUUAAUAGAUCAGCCGUAUAUUUAUGAAAUUGACUUUGUCAAACCUGAAGCAUUUUCUGCCAUACUGGAAUUUGCCUAUACAUCAACCCUUACCAUUACAACUUCUAAUGUAAAACUUAUCCUUGAUGCUGCUGAGAUGCUAGAGAUACAGUGUAUUAUUAAUGUAUGCCUGGAAAUCCUGGAAACACCCAGAGAUGGAGAGGAGGAUAAUGAGAAUGAGGAAAAUUAUGAUGAUGAGGAGGAGGAGGAUGAUGGCGGCGAAGUGGAAGAGGAUACAAAAAUCGUUAUAAACCAGGAAAAUCAAGCAGAGGUUCAGGAAGCCAACUGUGACCAAAGCCCUCCAACAUCAAACAACUCAGAAGAAACCUACCAUGAAUCACAGAAGGAUCUCCCUACACACUUUUCAUCUACCACUAACUCUUCUGGACACCAAAAUGUUCUAAAAGAUUUCUCUAUUGAAUCAUUAUUAAGUGAAAAUUUGUACCCCAAAAAUAACACUUCAGAUAGACGACCAGCCAUUUCUCAUUUUGUACCUGGUUUCUUUCCUCAACUUUGGAAUAGUGACUUUGGAUCAUUUUCACAACUCCAGGAACAGGACGCAGACAACAGUCCUCUGGAUCUAGUAAUAAAGAAUAGAAAAAUUAAGGAAGAGGAGCAUGAUGAGCUACCAACCACACCUUUUUCUAAUGAGUAUUUUAAGGAAAUGUUCCUUGAUCACCCACCCAACCACUUUGGACAAAUUAAGGCGGAAAUGGACUACAGCGCUUACCUUAGUUUCCUGAGUGCUGCCCACCUGGGAAUGUUACCUCCUUGGCCAUUGGAGGAAGAAAGAAAAAUAAAGCCUAAGGCUUCCCAGCAAUGCCCCAUCUGUCAUAAAGUCAUCAUGGGGGCAGGGAAGCUUCCCCGACACAUGAGAACACACACAGGAGAAAAGCCAUAUAUGUGCAGUAUAUGUGAAGUGCGAUUUACAAGGCAGGACAAGCUAAAGAUUCACAUGAGAAAGCACACAGGAGAGAGACCGUAUUUAUGUAUCCACUGCAAUGCCAAAUUUGUUCACAACUAUGAUUUGAAGAAUCACAUGCGAAUCCACACAGGUGUAAGGCCCUACCAAUGCGAAUUUUGCUACAAGAGCUUCACGCGAUCUGAUCAUCUCCAUCGUCAUAUCAAGAGACAAAGCUGCCGCAUGUCCAGGCCACGGAGAGGCAGGAAGCCUGCUGCCUGGAGAACAGCCAGCUUGUUAUUUUCUCACAACAAUGAUCAAGAAGACAAAAACUUCAUGAUGAUUCCACCUACUUUAGAUGACAGAAGCAACCAUCUUACUAGUGGAACUAUAGGAGUACCAGAUCCCAGUUCUAAACAUUUACUGGAGGAUGCCAGAAGUGUGAUGGAUUUUCAAGCUUUAGAGAAACAAUUUGAGGAAUCACAGAUUAAGAUGUUAGAAAGGGCACGUCUUGAAGCAGAAAGGCAUGGAGGACUUUUUCCAUAUGCUCUGACGCAUAAUGAGAACCUUUCUCCAAGGCAAUUUUUUUCUGGAGGUGAUCCUUGGAAUAUAACCUUGAAUCACACAACAAUUUCUGAGACAAGUAACUAAAAAUCUAAGGAAACAGUCUAUUUGACUGUUUAACAAUAACUUUUGUACUUUACAUAAACCUAUGAUCGAUGUUCUUAUGGACUCAUUUUUAAGAAAAAAAAAGUCUGUAUGUAAAUUCACUUAUGCAUGUGUAAAAAUAUUUUUUUUUAGAACACUUCAAUUUUUUAAUUAAUUAAGACCUAGGGUUGUAGUAAGAAAACUCUGGUAUAAAUGUUUUAAUUUAUUUUGAUUUGAAAAUCUAAAACAUGUUUUAUUAAUUUUUAUUCUGAUCAUAUUAUAGCACUUGUUUUCAUAGUGGGUCAACAGGCUGAGCCUUUAUAAAUUCCCAGGAGUAUGUAUCAUUUAUUAACUUGUCCGUGCAUAUAUUAAGACCAAUCAGAAGUCACUGCCCAAUGCCUACAAGUAGGGAUUUGCAUUCGGAACAUUGGUUAUAAAAAAAGAUGGCGGCUGUAGAUCUUAGUGUGUUGCAUUUUCACAAGAAGAAAUCCAGCUGACGCAACAAUAUUUGGCAUUUGUUUCAUAACAAAUGUUCCAAAUGCACAUCCCUUACCUUAUUGAUGAAGUCAUGAGCUUGCAAAAACACAAGGAUCUCUUUCUAAAAUCAGUUUUAAGAAUUCUGUAUCUCUUACAAAACUUCAAAUUAUUAGACAUGUGCAAAUAUUUAUUAUUCAACAUUUGAAUGCCUGAUAGGGCCACAGGCAGCAGCAUUUAGCUAUUUUCAGCACCAGAUUUAUUGGUGUAAAAUCUGGAUUUUCACACUAAUAAAUCCGAUGCCUAAAAUAGCUAAAUUCGGCUCCCUGCGGGGUUUUUUGGCAUUCAUUUACUAAAUGAACAGUUCUGAUUUAUGUUGGUUUAUUUUUUACAAAUUGUUAAACUAACUUUUAGGUGGUUCUUGAAAAAAAUAAAAAUGCUCUAUUGAUA